AUGUUACAAAUGCAAUUAGUAAUGCAAAAUGGUCCAUUUGCUGAAGGAGAAAUUCAUGAAAAUAAAGAACAUAUAUCAUGGAAUCAAUUAUUAAAUUUAUCAAAAAAAAAACACAUAACAGAACAGUCGUUUCAUGAUAUUUGUCAAGCUUAUCGAAGUGUUGAUAAAUGUCUUCAAAAUUGUGAAAGUAUUUCUGAAAAUAGUUCACGUCUUCGUAAAACAUAUGCUGGAAUACGAUUUAUAUGUAUAGAUCACAAAAAAGAAUUUUUUAGCCAUUUACCAUGUUUAGCAGAAAAUGAACCAUUAGCAAUGUCAGAAUGUAAAAAUGAAAUUAAUCAGUCAUUGAUUAGUAGCAGUAGUUUUGGAGAAGCAAUUAUUAAUCGAGAACAACAUUUAAUACGUAAUCGUUUUAAUGGAUUAUGUCAGGAUUUAAAACAAAUGAUUAGAUGUAUACGACCAGUUACAAUAAAAUCAUGUGGAAAAGAUGCUGCUGAGAUUAUGAUGAAAUUUAUAACAAUAGGAUUUACAAGUUUUGAACAAUUGUAUAGUCAAUUAGGUGUAAGUGAUCAUCUUCCAGUUGCAUGUAAAAAUUUAGUUGUUACAACAAAGAUAAAAGUUGAAGAAAAAGAAGAAGUUAAAAAUAUACCAUUAAAUAAUGGUAAUGAAAUAUACCUACGACAACAAGAACAUAUAAAAUCUGUUUCAUCAAGCUUAAAAAGUCAAAUUAUAUUACUUUUUUUGGCAACAAUUUUUGUUAAUGAAAUUUUUAUAAGAUUUUUUUUAUAA